AUGAUCCAGUUCCACGCUAACCUGGAAAUAGAGAAUACCAAAACAAAUAAACAGGAAGUAGAGAAUACCAAAACAAAUAAACAGGAAGUAGAGAAUACCAAAACAAAUAUACAGGAAAUAGAGAAUACCAAAACAAAUAUACAGGAAGUAGAGAAUACCAAAACAAAUAUACAGGAAGUAGAGAAUACCAAAACAAAUAUACAGGAAGUAGAGAAUACCAAAACAAAUAUACAGGAAGUAGAGAAUACCAAAACAAAUAUACAGGAAGUAGAGAAUACCAAAACAAAUAAACAGGAAGUAGAGAAUACCAAAACAAAUAUACAGGAAGUAGAGAAUACCAAAACAAAUAUACAGGAAGUAGAGAAUACCAAAACAAAUAAACAGGAAGUAGAGAAUACCAAAACAAAUAUACAGGAAGUAGAGAAUACCAAAACAAAUAUACAGGAAGUAGAGAAUACCAAAACAAAUAUACAGGAAGUAGAGAAUACCAAAACAAAUAAACAGGAAGUAGAGAAUACCAAAACAAAUAUACAGGAAGUAGAGAAUACCAAAACAAAUAUACAGGAAGUAGAGAAUACCAAAACAAAUAUACAGGAAGUAGAGAAUACCAAAACAAAUAAACAGGAAGUAGAGAAUACCAAAGCAAAUAAACAGGAAAUAGAGAAUACCAAAGCAAAUAAAAAGCAAAUAGAGAAUACCAAAGCAAAUAAACAGGAAAUAGAGAAUACUAAAACAAAUAAAGAGGAAAUAGAGAAUACUAAAACAGAUAAACAGGAAGUAAAAUAG